CACUUCGACGCCGUUUUCCUCGUCGGCUGUCUGUCGAGGGUGACGCAUUCUCAGGAGUGUCCAAACAAAGGAACAAGUCUAAGAAAAAUUUUUUUUAAAUAAGGGGAAUAUUUUUAUUUCAAUCGUGGGACAGAAUUUUUACGGGAUAACGGGAGUUCGCGGGUGUUGAGAGUGGAUGGCCUGAGAGGUAUUACCUGGUGACUACAUGAGUCCUGAUGAGGGGGUAGUUACGGGUACAAAUAAUGUAAUAUGAUAAGGAGUGAAGCGACGGGCCAGUGUGUCCGUGGCAAGGAUUAGGAUAAUGUACCACGCGUUUGGAGAAUCAUCCAGGAUCAUUCCCCUUUUUUCUCUCAUCUUGGGAUCAUGGAUUGUCCUUGGAAUGCCGGUCCUAGGGGACCCGGACCCCCCAGAAUUCACCACGAUCGAAGACAUGACCGGACGUGGAUCGAAGAAAUUUGGUGACGAGUGCCGAGAGGAUCACGAGUGCGGAUUCGCCGGUUCCUUCUGCGAUCCCAGGAACCGGAAGUGCUUCUGCAGGGAGGAAUUCAGUGCGACUAAUCACAUUGACAAAUGUGGACACCCUGUCAAUGUGAAUGAGUCCUGUUUCUUCACUGAGCAAUGCGAGCUCAAGGUGCCCCAGACAGAGUGCAGAGAUGGCAGAUGCAUCUGCAUUUUUCAGAAGAUCCCAGUGAUGCAGCCCAACGGUAUCAUCGAAUGUCAGGCUGCAGUGAAAGAAGAGGAAAAUCUCCGGUACGUGGAUCCAGCGAUGAUCGGUAUCCUCGUGGCGAUGGCCCUCAUGUUCAUCAUCAUCUGUGUGGUUCUUCGACUUUUCAGCAAAGCCCGUUGGCGUGAGAAUCGAACGAUCUUCAACACACCCAAUGCCCGAUUGAUGAAUGUCUCUCUUCUGCGUGACAACAACAAGCUCCUCCAUGCCCAGGAGAGACGUGGGUCCAGGGCGAGUCAGCGAGGUCCAUCACGACAGCCAUCGAUGGCCUCCCUCAGAGCCCAUUCACCCAAUGGCUCGCAGCAAGGUGCGAAAAUUCCCCAGCGAGUCAACAGGUCUCGUACAGGUUCACGUCGUGGGAGUCGAGGAAGUAGUGGCAAUGCAUCAGCUGUAUCAGCACCUGGCACCAGGCCAAACAAGUCACCACCGAAUAAUACAACUGGUCUAGCUGAUACUGUUCACGAGAAUAUUACUGUGGAAAUAACUGAAGCUAAAGCGUAAAUCAAUCCAUUUACAACGCACACACACCAAAAAAAAAAUAAAUAGAGGAAUUCCAGGAUUCGUGUGGAUUCAUUGGGAUUUCGUUAGGGUCCACUCGAGGCGAGAGUAAUUAUCAGCAUUCAGAAAUCUUCUCUAUGAUAAUCGAUAAGCAAUCAGUAAGAUAUAAAGAGAGGAGGAGACACUUUUCGAUUAAAUAUCGAAAUAUCUCGGGAUGGGGUACACUAAGAGAAAAAUUUCAUAAAAACUUUUUUGUCGGAAAUUUUGUGAUUUUCAAAAGAGAUUAUAUGAAUUUUUCUGGUAAAUCACACCGUUCUCGAGAUAAUCGACAUUAAACAUUUUGCCAUUUUCUUAUUAAAGUUCUUCAUGUCUAGCUGUCAGAUAAUAGUAUUCACCUCUUCGAUUGAAUUCUCUCUUUCUUUGAAUAUGCGAGCAUUAAUUAUUAAUAACUUAUUGAUGAGAUACCCAAAGUAUUAGAAUAAAUGCAACAAUUAAGCUUUCGAGAUUCGCAACUUGACGUGUGAAACUGACGAUUAAGAAAAUAAAAACGAAGAAACAUGUGACGAAAGGGACCACACGAGUUUCGAAUCAUUGAAAAAAAAAUGCGAGGAAUUUAAUUCCUCCACUCGAUCAUAAUCGAAUUGCACAAGUUAGCUAGAAUAAUUAGUUCACAAUGCCCUUCGCUAAAAUAAGUCCUCUUACAUCUAAUAAUCUAUAAAAAUACCUGAAAGCUAUCAAAGUAUCUAGAUCGAUUUAAUCUAGAGGAAUUUGUCCCGAGGACGAUAAAAA